AGGUGUGUGCGUGUGUGUGUGUCAGUUAGUGUGUGUGAGCACAUUGAGAGUCAGUGUCAGGAGUGUGUGAAACCAUGCCAUGGCCCAGUUUCCUGUCCGGCUCAGGAAAAACAGAGCGAGGAGAGAUAUUCAGCUUCUGUAUCUGUAUGCGGUUGUCAUGGCGGCGUUCUUCAUAUCCAUAUCCUCCGUCGAGUCCGUCCCAAAACCCAUCGCCCUGGAGCCUUGCUUUGGCAACAAAGCCGCCGUGCUCUCCAUCUUUGUGCGGUUACCCAGGGGCACCGGCGGCAUCCCUCCUCCAGGACAGUCUGGUCUGGCGGUGGCCAGCGCGCUGGUGGACGUCUCUCAGCAGAUGUGCGUUGGCUACAAGGAGAAGUCCGGAGGUCUGAGGAACCGCAAACAGCAGCCCACUGCACAGCCAUCCACCUGUAUCUGACCACGCCCCCGUCCUCCUCCACCACCCCACCACCCGACACUCUCCCAUCAGCCCCCCGCCUCGGCCUCCUCCUUCAGAGACUCCCGCCAGCUCCGCUCUGGCAGGGAGAGGUGCAUGCUGGGAAGCAGGACUGGAACAUUUUGGCGAGGGGCCGAGUCGUCCGGCGGACUGGGCUUCCCCUCCCUCUCCUCCGUCGGGAACUUUGGGUCCCCACGAACUGAGAGACAGAAACUGGACACAGAGCGGGGGAGCAGGGGAGGGAGGGAGGGACGGAGCGGGUGCUGACAUCACCCCUUCCCCUCCAGAAAAGAAAAAAAAAAAAAAAAACAUUUUACAUUUGUCGACACCGCCUCGUUAGAGUCGAGGCGGCCGCGGCUUGCUGCUAGAAGAGAUCCUCGUCUUGUAGUUUUGGAAAAAUCCAGAGACUUUGCAACCCUCGUUUUCACUUCUUAAGUUAUUGUUGUUUUUUAUGGUUUUAUUUUGAAGGCAGGAACAAAGUGGACACGUUCAGCUGCGCAUGCACACACACACUCACACACACUCACACACACUCACACACACACACACACUUCCAAAAUAACAACUUUCCAGGCCCUUGUAUCACUUGUAGCCCACUGUCGCCUGCUGUCAUGUUCACAGCUCAGCACUGAGGGCUACUGUCGCCGCAGUCCUGUACAGUUUGGCCUCCGAACAAGCUAACAGUAUGUUGAGUCUUCCUUUAACGAGGAUCUGCUGUAGGAGGCCGGCCGUGCAGCUAAAGCCCAUCGAAAGAGUCUGUGACAUUUCUAAUCGGCCUCUGUGUCGUCCGCCGCUGUCUUCUCUGUGUCCUGUCUGGAGCUUUGUCUCCACCCGUCUCUCUCUCUCUGUCUCUGCGGCCAUCUGGCUGCGCAGCCAACCACCUCUCCAGCCUCUCUGGCAGCGCGUCCGAGUACAAAACAAGACCGCAGCAACAUCUCAUCCACGCUGGUUGGCUGGAUCGUGAGCCAGCACCGAUUGAAACUUUUCCAGCUAAUUACUCCUCCAGUUGCACUGAAAGCCAGCGGCCACGCACAUACAGGUGCACACGCACGGCGCUCACACGCAGCCGGCGGUGAGCAAACCCUCCAGUGUUUAACGAUUGUCCCUUUGGCAGCGCCGCGCCUCGAGCCCGUGUGAAACAGGCUUCCUAUAGAUCGUCUGAUUGACUGGAGUGAUUAGGCCGGUGUGCGUGAGAGGAGCCGGGGCGACGGUUCAGCAUCCUUUGUGAUCGUUGCCUCAGAAAUCCAUCGCCUCUAAUUGCUGCUCACGUGUCCCCAAAUGCAGUGCAUGUCCCCUCUUCGAUGCCAGAAAUCCCGUUGCUUUCUCCCCGCCGCUCGAUGGUGAUUGUUCCGUGUCUCUGAGCUAUCUACGGCGGCCUAAUUAGCCCCCGCCACCGCAGUGACAUUUGUGUUCACACUGAUGCAGCUACAGCUGAGCUUUGAACAUAUGAACUGUACGGGGCAGACGACCUGAACAUGAAGCACACACAUAUGUUAAACUAACAGUGUUUGAUAAAUGGGACUUUUGAUUUGGCCACGUCUCAUAUUGAUUCUAAAAACACAGAAAGACGAGCACUUAACGUUUUCUCCUGUUGCCUGGUCUCUUGGGCUUCCUCUGUUUUUGGGCUCCAUGUGUGAGGCGGCUGCUUUUUCUGUUUUUCCUUCCUUUAUAUCUGCUUCACCUGCCUCUCUCUCCACAGCCCUUAUCUGGUCCAUUUUUAAAGAAGCAUUACUCCUUUGUGUCAGCUGGGGAAAAUGAGGGAAAACACAGAAUGAAAAACACAAAAAAGCAAAAACAGAAAACUGCUGGUUUGAAACAGAGCUGUUGCUUUGAAAUGUCACAGGUAAUGUUGUGUUUUGAAGGCAUCAGUGUGUCAGAUCUGUCUCCACCUGCCUCUUCCUCUUCUCUCCUCCAGCACCGAACAUCACAGCAGGCUUUAAUAAGUCUAAAGUGGUCAUCUUUGUAAAGUAUGAGUUGCAUACUACAACACCUGCAGGUCUCCGACUGAAGGCACCGAUAUAGAAAAUAUAUCUCCUCUUCCCUCGCCAAGUUAUUAACUUCCCGCCCUCGCAGAAGUACAGUAAUAGAACAAUUUAAUAACUCGUAUUCUGCCCUAAAGAAUGCGUCGUAUUUAGUUCCAGGCUUUCACAUGUGUUCAGCAUACUAGAACUGCUCAGCGUCUGGUUAAAGGGCACACUUUUAGCACUGGGAAAAGGUCAGAGCAGAAAGCAUGAACAAAGUUGACAUUCUGUAAUUAUAGAGAGUUGGAUGUGCUCACAACUCCACUCAGCAACCCCGGCGAGCGUUAAGGAGUCAGCUCUGCUCGCACAGGAGUGAAAGCACUUCACUUAGACUCUGCAUUAUCAGGCUUAUUUUUGGGGCUCUUUUCUCCAGCAGAGGAAGCUUCUCUAACAGUUGUGUCUGAGCAGGGUUUGUCAAGUUUAAGCUGUCACUUACAAAUUGCAAGAAAAUCCUCCUCACGUCUGAGAUGCAUAAAACACUUUAUUAAACUGUAUCAGUCCAUCAGAGCAGUCGUCCUCCGCUCGGCUUCUUCUCAGGUCUGCACAAGGUUGUUGUUUUUUUUGUGCUACACUACAGUUCAGUUUGGCAGGAACCCAACCAUCGCUCUGAGGUGCUAUUCAAUUCCAAAAAUCUUGUUGGGAGGAACAUUUUUGGGAUGCACAAAGCUCUGCAGCUGGAGGAAGGCAACAAUAUUCUUCAGCCUGAAAAUCACAUUUUGAUUCUCUGUUGAACAGUUUUUUUGUUUUUGUUUGCUUCACACCUGUUUCAGGUGUUAAUUCAUUGGACACACAGAUUUGAUCAACACUCAUCUGACACUCGAAGCAGCUUUAAAACAAAAGCAAGAAUGAAGAAUUAUUUGGGGUGAAACAACCCAGUCACCAGAAAAUGUUGGCAUUGUGCGUUUCUGCAGAUCACAGAUAAGUUUCAUUUACAUGUUAAUAUGUUGCGGAUACUUUCCAAUAGCACUGUGGUUAACAUGGGGGUCAGGGCACAAAAAACACAAGGUUAUGUUUAGAGAAAGAUCACGUGUUGGCUUGAAAUACACGGUUUUAAGGGAGCAAACACACUGGAAAAGCAGCAGCAGUGUCUCGGAAAAACACAACUACUUUUCAUGGCACCCUCCCUGCUGCAACAACAGCCACAGACCCCUAAAACAAACACAUUUUGGGGCUAAAAAUCAGCUGGAAACACAUAAAUGACUGAAUGACUCGCUAAAUCACAGCUGUGUUGUUGUCGGUCUGCAGGAGGGCCGUCCUGUGUACCAGUUUUUGGGAAUCAAAGCUUCAGUGAGAAAUCUUUGUGGGAUAAAUAAGAAAUAAGGACGUAAAACUACAUAAAAAUGAGCCACCUUGUCAUCUCGCAGGUCGCAGUAACGUAAGCUACAAUAGCUGCUGGGAAAAAGAAAACUUUGCUGUUUACAGUUGCUGUGACCGUUUUCAGGUGAGCUUGUUGGGCAUUUGUGACGUACCCCUUUCCUUUGACGCUAUCUGACACUACAUUUUUGGGAGUCGUCUUUGCAAAUAUCGAAAGUAUUCCAGACCCUUGACGUUUUAGACGUCUUGCUAGCGUAUAUCUGUCAGCCUGUCACAUGUGGUCAAACUGUCACAGUUUCAGUACUGCUGGACUGUUGCUGACUGUCGUUAGAUUCGAGUGAGUCUGAAUCACAAAACUUGGGUAACUAUCUCUUGAUCUAUGGGAUCUUUGGGAUAAUAUAUCUUUAGCUGUAUAUAAGAAAAUGAAGCAUUUAAAUACUGCUUUUAAACGGCGAUUACCAUGGCGAAGCUUUGAAGCGUUCAGGUGAUUCCUAGUCUGCAGCUCGGCAGGCGUCUCGCCCAGGUGACACACCAUCAGACAUCCCCUCCACCUCCUGUCGACAAACUCAGCUUAGAGCUGGGUGACAUGGUUUAAAAAUAAUUAAUUAUUAAUUAUGCCAUAUUUUUAGACGACUACUGAAAUGCAACAUUAAUAAAUGAACGACAGUUACAAUAAAGUUAAAUAAAGUGCUGUUAUAAUAAAGAUAAAAUGAUGGUAUAAUUACAUAAAGCAAAACGGAACCACUGCUGCUUUUAUUUUGAAGCACCCGGCUCAUCUCAGGCAGGAAGUGUUGAUGUUUUUACUGUGAACUUGAAGCUUCCGGUCCACAGUCAGAUGUUAGCAGUUAGCACAAAAUUAAACUGUCUCUGCUGCACUUUUAAGUGUGAUGAUUUAUUCACUGUGAGCAGGAAACAGACUAACAGCUCUGUGGACCAUAACUCGAUCAUAUUAGCAAGUUGCAGUGGUGCUCCAUGGUUGCAAAAUGCAACUAAAUAGUCACGGUCUGGAGAUUUGCAGGUAAAAAGACACUGUUCACACUAUCGUUUCGUUAAGUUAAACUGUUAUUGUGGUGCUGUUAAACAUGAUUUAUCCACUAUAAGCUGGAAACAAAGUAACAGCUGUCCAGUCCAUGUAUUUAUAGCAUUUGCAAAUCACAAUGGUGCUCCAUGGUUGAAAAAUACGUCUAAAUAAUCACGGUGUGGAGAUACAAAAACACAUGAUUCCUCAGUUCACGCUAUUAUUAAUCUCAUUAAGUCAAACUGUUGUUGUGGUGCUGUAAAACGUGAUGAUUUAUUCACUGUAAGCUGGAAACAAACUAACAGCUCUCCUGUUCACAUAUUAAUAAUUACAGUAAAUCACAGUGGUGCUCCAUGGUCGCAAAAUGCAACUAAAUUGUAACGUUAACGGUGUGGAGCUCUGCAGAUGAGAAACACACUUUGCCUGCUCACAAACUAUCGCUCAGGAGAAAGUGGUCUGGAUGGUCGGAGGAGUGUUCUGAUGUAGUCAUUUUAUACAUCCCACGUGAAACAAGCCGCGAUUUAUCGAGUAUACUUAAUACAUCGCACACCCCUAAGUCGGCUCAUAAGUUAUGUCACUUUAGAAACUUUAAUCUGUAUGAAACAUACAAAUGUAACGUAAUCACGGUCUGCAGAAACAUACAAUGCCAACAUUUUCUUCUGGAGACUCAGCGGAGUGAAAAUGUGACCCUGAGCUGAAGGAGACGAGAGGCGAGUAAGCGUGACCUGCAAAAAUCACAUGACCUGUUCAUCUGACAGGUGACGUGUUCCUGACACUGUAACACCUGAGGUGUACCUGCACUACGUCUCUGUCCUCUGUAGCAGCAGCAGCUCUGAGAUCAGCCAACACCUCACGUAUUUGAUUUCCUGUAGAUGAAGUAUUAAAUUCCACGACACUCUCUUUCCUUUAAAACAAAACUUUAUUGCACCCAGCGGUGACAACACUCAGUGACAAACUGUGUAACUGCUGUCGUCUUGUGUUGCAGGUUUCCUUUAGUUUCAGAGCAGAGGUCAGAAAUGAAUCUGCUCUGAGUCAGAUGUACUGUAGAAAUAAUUUCUCACAGAAUGAAGAUUGUGUUUUGUUUUCUUUUGUAAAUGAAUGUAAAAUGAGAACUCACCUGUGCAGCCAAGGUAAACUGGAGCUCACUGGAGGCGAUGUGAACGCCCCAGCAGCCUGCUGUCGUCAGUCCCUGCGUGGCCGGCGGUGACAGCGCGGCCAACAGACAGCACAGUUACAGCGAGGUCACGGGGUCACGCCGUGUAAGAGCCGCUUUGUCUUGUUGGAGAUGUGCUGAGAAAGAUGUAACGUCUGCGGCCCGGACGAUGCAAACCCUCGUCUCCUUCUGCCUGAUGGUCGGAGCGGCCGAGCAGAUCCUGGGUCUGAUAGUGUCUACAGUUUGAUCUCAGACGUUUGUUCUUACCUCCAUGGUUUGAGACAUUCGUCCUGUGAGGCCGGUCUCACAUUCAGAUCUCAGCAUCAGCAGCAGGCUGAAAAACAAACUCUAUUAUCUGUAAAUACUGUUUGACCCGAAUCUGUCGUCAGCAGCUUCACACGGGGUUCCUACACCGCCGCUCCGCACGGUCUCAGAAGUGAUUAAGAAAAUGUAGAGAGGGAAAAAAAAAGUUCCACAUUCAGCAGUUAUUCAGGACUUUUGACCCUGGCUCCGCCCACACAGGCGUUUUCAUUUAUUCUGGACUGAUGAGACGUCUCUUCAGGUGUGUGUGGGCGUCUGCAGACGUCUCCUUCGCUGUCCUCUACACCUGUUAGGGCGGGACUGAAUUAGACCUCCAUGGUGGGGCCUGACAGGACGACCCAAAGUCUAAACUUGGGUAAAUCGUCACAUUAACCUUGAUCAUGAUAAAUGUAACGUCCUGCUUUAAAGGAGCCGCAGCAAACCUGCGACUGUUUCCUCCCUCAGAUCCUGACGUCUGUUAAAUCACGUUUUGUUCAACUGGCUUUGAACCAAAUCUCUGUGGUUUGAAGUUGUACUCUUACGGACAUCAGCCAUUUUCACUGUUUACUGAUAGCCUUCAGCCGUGUCACAGCUGUGUGAAAGGCGCCCAGCGGAGGUCUGAACCAAGCCCCGCCCACCAAAAACAUCAUGUUAUUUACGAACAGUAAAAGGGUCUAUUUUACUGUGCUGUGUCGUGGAAAAACACCUCACCAGUCUGUCUCUGAUUGGUCACAGUUGCUCAUCUGGAAACAGCAUAUCUGAAGCGUCCUGUGUGGGAGUGACUGGAGUUUAAACUCCACAGUGUUUCUUUAAAAGCACCUUCUUCCCGUGAGCAUCCCGGCGUCCUGACCGAGAGCCCAUCCAAGUGACAAAUCCAAACCUAAGAGCACAAUACAACCUUCACCCUGUCAGAGAGAGCCGGGCUCACCGAGGUUAAGUACUGUCUCAGCCCGGGCCUGUUGGUAAACACCAGCUCAGCUGCGUGUCGCCGCUCUGAUGUUACAUUUCAGGAUUCCUGGGUCCUAAAGUUCAGAUUUUCCACAUGAUUACCUCUCGCCACCAUUUGGAGCCGGCAGAGUGUGAAGUGGCCCCGAGCUGCUGAAAACAUCUGAGAGGGAGUGUGUGUGAAGGGAAACGUGUAGGAACCCUGUGCGCCAUCGAGCCUCCGCACCCGCGUCAGAUUAAAGAGUCGCCCCGCUUUCCAAGCCUCAAACUUUAUAGGGUAACUUAAACUUUACAGCGGCCUUAUUUCAGCUCAUUAAUCUCUGUAUUAACCGAUAAACAUGUACAGCAACAACACAUAUUUAUAAAGUGUGACGACUUACUGGAGAUCUUCUAAUAUUCACAGUACGAGUAGAGUUUCUUUCUCCGACACUGGCAGCAUUAAUCUGUAUUUAAAAGCUUUAGUACACAGGUUAAAGCAUCAGAAUAAGGUCAUUGUAAAAGCCCCUCCUUCUUUCUCUCCGCCUCUCUUUUGUAUAGUGGCAUUAUAUAUAUACUGAGGAAGUAGUUUGUUAAUAUGUAUAAUUUAGCAGUUGCUGUUUUUUUGUAAAUAAUGAGAAAGUAUUGUGAAUGGCAUUUGUUGAAUGGUUUUAAAAAUCAUUUAUGGCGAACCUCUCCAGGCUUUUAUAAAUGUGACUGCAGUACAUAGCAUAUUUUGUAUGUAAGACGCAGUGUAAAGACGAACAAGCAUUACUAGAAGCUGAUGAACCUACGUGUAAAAGUUGAGGAUAAUAGCUUACUGAACUUGUAAUUACUGAUGUACAGAAAAGAAUGACAGAACAUUUUUGUCUAUUAUUAAAUGUGAAAAUCCA